UCAUCUUUUUAAUUGCAUUUUCGCGUGUCUCAGCUGCGCGCAAAAUACUUGCGACCAUUCCAUCGACUAUUCUGAAAGGGAGAAAAACAAUUAUCGCAAUGGGCAAAAUUGACAGUUAAUUCUUAGAUUUCGCAGAUGCUAAUUUUGAUACGUGAAAGAAACGAUUAAUAAUUAUGAGAGGACUGACAGCUUUUUAAUAAGAAAUUGUGAGCAGUUUGCAAUUUCUAGUUCAAAAUCUCUACAUUGGAAACCAGAUAUCCAGAUGUUGAUGUAUAACAUGACGAAGAUGGACUCCACUCCCAAGAAGAAAACCAAAACCCAUUGGUUUUGUUACAACAGUGCAUAUUACAAAGUUAACAGAUCUGGAGACGAAAGAGAUGAAGUAGAAGAGAAAAAGACCCGGGAAUUCAUGGCGAAAUAUAUGGCAAACUAUAGGGCCCAUAGAAAGGGCAUGUCACCACUGGAAGUGGCAGACUAUUAUUCACACUGGGCUGAAAAUAUGAAAUACGAUGAGGAUUUGAAUUCGGGAACAUAUAAUGGACCAACAAUCAUAGCUGACGAGGUAGCUGAUUGUUUUCCUGAAAAUAGAGAUAAGAUUAAGAUUAUAGACAUUGCCUGUGGGACUGGUCGUGUCGGAGACGAGCUGGCUGUUUAUGGCUUUAAACUUAUCGAUGGCCUUGAUCCUUCUGACGGGAUGUUGAAACAGUGUAGAAACAAAGGCCUCUACAAAAACCUGUACAAAGAAUUCUGCUGUGAUAAAACAUUACCAAUAGAAGAAGAUGUAUACGAUUGUUUAGUAGUAUCUGGAGGGAUGGGAGAGAGUCACAUACCAUGUUCCGGAAUACUCGAGAUGAUACGUAUAGUGAAACCAGGCGGACUAAUUUUGAUCGUGAUGAGGAAGGAAUAUCUGAAGUAUGUAGGAGAGUACGUUGAUAGACUGGAACCUUUCUUUGCCAAACUUGAACGCGAAAACAAGAUGGAAAUGAUCGAACGCAGGGAGGUGACGAACUAUUCCUUUGACAGAGAUGGCGUUGUCUUUAAAAUAAAAGUGAAGAAGAGUGUUAUCUAAAUUGUGUGGACAGUUCAUGUGGAAGAGUGACAUAAAUUUUUUACUGAUCAUUUGAUUCAACGAAUCAGACUUUCUUUGGCAGUUGGGUGAAUGGACAUGAGUCAGUCGAUUGCAAGGAUAGAAUGCAUUCGUGAAAGUUCUUUUUCAUUGAAUAGUAUCCAGUUCGUUACUAACAAAGUCAUGAGCUGAGCUGUAUUCUAUAUUUGUACAUACUGUUUUUAUGUGUCUGACAUACAUAUCAAUUGUCACAUAAGCUAUGCUGUUCUUACUUAUAUUGGCUCUGUGUAAAUCUGUGCUACAUGGUACAAGUUUGUAUAUGUUAGAAACUCAUAUUCAAAUGCUGAAAUAGUUCUAGCAAGCUAUUGUAAAAGAAAAUAUAAGGAUUGUAUGUGUUUAUUUUUGCGUUUAUACAGAUAUAGACCACAUUGAGACUUCUUGCAAAUUAUUAUUGUUAAACUGACAAAAAAAAAACCCCAACAAAACAACAACAUAACAAUAAAUAAAUCAAGAUGGCCGCAAGUAUGGCCGACAAAAAUAAACAAAUUAAACAUAUAAUAUUUAUUAGCAGUGUAAAUGUUGCGCUUUUUAUGAAUGCCAAAAUCAAAAUAACGAGUUUUAAUACAUUUGUGUUUGCUUUUAUUGUUUACUCAGUAACGAGUACUGUUAUAUAAACUGUUCAAAAAUAUAUGCUUAAACCGCGAAAUUGAAAAUAAUAAAAUAAAGGUAUAAUAUA